CCUUUUCCCUUUUAUUUACCCGUAGGAAGUCGAAGGCGAAGACUCCAAGGUGCAUUAAAGAAACAGAGAGCGCUUAGCUGAAAAACAGAAAAACGACAACAACCAACCGCGAGUGACGUCGUUUCGGGGAAGGGCGAUGGUGUUCGCUUCCAAUCCCUUAGCCCUAAGCGUUCCCGAACCCGCCUUCGAAUCCUGGCUUCGGGACUCCGGCUACCUCGAAGUCCUCGACCACAACACCUCCGCUACCACCACCACCUCCUCCUCCUCCUCUUCCUCCUUCUUCUCUCUCCUCACGCUCAACCCCCUCUCCAAGCUCGCCGCCGAAGACUUCGCCGGCGACACUCCGUCGUGGUCACGCGCCUUCGUCGGCUUCUCCGGGUCCUACUCCUUCCCUUCUUCGUCCGCCCAGGCGCGAUUGAGGGUUCACGAGAACGUUAAGCGCUAUGCUCGUAACUAUGCUUAUUUGUUCAUCCUCUUCUUCGCUUGCGCCUUGUAUCAGAUGCCAAUUGCUCUUGUUGGGUUGAUAUCAUGUUUGGCAAUUUGGGAUUUCUUCAAGUAUUUCAAUGACAGAUGGCAAUUGGAUCAAUAUCCUAUAACUCGGCAGUGUUUGCUUCGCCUAGCCCAAUGCGUAACAGCAGUUAUUCUAAUUUAUUCCAAUGUCCAAGUGGCCCUCUUUUGUGCCUUAAGUGUCAGCUACGCAAGCAUGAUUCUGCAUGCUGCAUUUAGGAAGUUGACCCCCGCAAAGCAAUUGCCGCCCGUCGGCAGGGGUAGGUGAUUGAUCAAUCAGAGAAAACAGCGAAGCACCCACCUUCAUCAAGCACAUUUUACUCCGAUGAUUCAGUUGCAAGGGGCUUUGGCUCAGAUUAUAGAAGGAUUAUGCAAGUGCAGAAUUAGGGGGACAGUUAGUAUCUUAGGUUUUGGAUAGUAGGCCUUUUCCUCCCAAGUCCCAAGGAUAUGGGGCUCAGGGCCUCCUUAUCUCUGUAGAGAAGCUUAUAAUCAGCAGGUUGGCGCCUUUCAUGAGUCAGGAAUCCAAUUUUCGUACUUUCUUAGUAUUUAAUUUUGUAUAUCUUGUUUAGUUUUUAAGUGCUAGACAAAUAAACUUGAAAGAAAUUUGAAAAUUUGGAAAUUUUGAUGUAUACAAGAACUUUGGCAUACUGAUAAGAUGAGAUCAUUUAUAUAUUUUAUUUGUAUUCA